CCCCAUCCCUCCUAAUCUGACUCUCCAUUACUGACAACAGAUUCCAAGCACUUGGUCCAUCAUAUUUAAAAAAAAAAAUGCAACAACAUUCUCCUGACUAUGUUCUGGAACCAAAUGAAGGAGCUUACUUGAACGUGAAAAAUAAGAAAAUAGAUCACAGUGGGAGCUCUUUGGAGAACAGCGAUUCGGAGAGCAGUGGGUCAGCUUUCUCUGAAAAUGAGGGCCUUACCUCCCGACAGGAUGAAGAGAUUUCCAAUACAUCCAUUCGGAGGAGAAGUCAUGGGGGUCGUCCUACCCAGUCUCCCAAGAGUCCCUCAGCAGAGUAUGGCAAUGGGAAGGGUAGCCUCUUCCGAUUUGAUAGGCAAGCCCUUGGCCGGAUUUCCACCUCUCCCACCUUGCGGAGGCUCAGAAGCAGCACCUCUCUGCUGCCCCAGGACUCUUUGGAAGCAUCUACCUGGAGAAAUUGGAAACGGCGGACAGGUUCUCUGAGCUCACUUUAUGAAAAUCUUCCCAGAAGCCCCACGGCUUACUCUCAGUCUCUGUCAUCCUUGAGCCUCAGUUCCAAAGCAGCUCCCCACUUGCAAACAACAAUGGCAUCAUUCAAUUUUACCAACUCCAAAAGCAGUUGGCCAUGUCCAACGAACAGCCUCAUGGACAAUGAUGCUUUCCUUGGGCUACAGACAAAUAAUAUGGCCCACUCCAACUGUACUUCUCUUUCUGGAAAAGAACAUCAGCCUCCGUUUGGAUUUAUGACCCAUGACCAACAGAAUCAGGGAGAAGAAGCUUACCAGUCCAGGUUGUACCAGCACAGGCGAAGUUCGGUGGUCGUGAACCUAUCUGGACUUGAGGUGUUCCCUGGAGAUCUCCUGGUGCCAGAUGGAGUGGCCAGCUCCCUGUACCAUCCAGCCCUGCUGCUGCAUUCAGAACCCAAAAAGCCGAGAUGGCCAUUCUCCAAGAAAGGCAUGCAUCGCAAAGACAAAGAAAAGGAAGCAUCUGACCUGGAAAACUGCCUUUCCACCAUUAAGAUCACGGACUACAGUGGACAUGAGUUUCACAGUUUAAAGGAUAAGACCUGGGAAGAAUUUCUGGAAAGACAUCAAAAACUUCCUAGUGAGCCACCAGACUUGAGAAAGCAACAAGAAGCUGUGUGGGAACUCUUCACCAGUGAAUGCACCUAUUAUUUAGACCACUUGCUAGUUCUUAAGAUGGUCUUUAUGAAUACGCUCAAAUACCUGCAAAGCUACGAAUGCCUCUUGGAUGUGGAUUUAUGGAGACUUUUUGCAAACCUUGAAGAGUUAAGUCAGGUCAGCCUUGGCUUCCUGAGCUGUUUUUUCAGCACCAUCAAGGACUACAUAAACUCAUCCGGCUCUGCAUCCUCCAUGGAUUUUAUCUCUGUGCUCUCCAAGCAUUUCCGAGGGAGCCUCUGUCAGAGCCACCAGAUUUACUGCCUUAAUUACACCUCCGCCAUCUUCUAUCUCGAGAACUUAAGACAGAGAGAAGACUUUGGCAUCUAUUUAAAGUGGUGUGAGAGGCAUGCCCAAUGCAAGAGACUCCGCCUCCCUGAGCUGCUGGUCACCCCCCUGCACCGGCUGACAAGGUACCCACUGCUACUGAAGAACAUCUGGAAAAGAAGCGCCGAUGCCCGGGAGAAAAUUACCAUCUACUCCCUCAAGGAAAAAGUGGAGAAGGCGAUUCGUGACCUUGAAGGAAAAGUGAAGUGGCUUGACAAUUUCCAAAAGUUUCGGCACCUCCAGGAGAUCAUAGUGUGGCCUCCUCUUUGGGAUCGAGAUAAAAGGUUCUUCAUACCAGAGUGCCUGAAACACAUUUUUAAGGAACACAUGGCAGAAAGUGUCUUGUCACCAGCCAACAGACACCUCCUUCAUGAGGGGAAGUUGACUCUUGCAGAAAGCACCAGAUUCCUAGACGUCUACCUGUUUCUGUUUGAUGACUUCCUAUUAAUUACAAAAACCAAACACAACAAAAAGAAACUUGGGGGCUCAGACAUAAGUCUAGUCUGCCCUUCCCUUACCCCUGAGCUACAGGCGAUGAUUAAAGAAGGUGGCUCUUGUACAGUACUUGAUCAACCCAUUCCUUUGGACCGGCUGGUGGUUAAAAACAUCGACCCAUUCCACGUAUCAGUCUUUGGGCUAAGAAAUGCUUUCCUUCUACAACACGAAAACCGUUAUCAACAGUGUAUAGCAGCCUUCUUAUUGCAAGCACAAACGGAAGCAGGCAAAAAAACGUGGAUGGCACAACUAACGAUGGCGACCUCUCGCUUCAUGAAGAGAUACGAGAGGAAGAAAUCCUCGUCCACUCUGCCCGCAGAAUCCUCUGAGAUCUAGAGGCUGUUUGUGAUUAACUAUUGAGCCGGUGAUUGAUAGAGGCUGCACCUGUGAUUUCAUUGGUAAAGAGUGAGGUCACGCCCUCUGCCAGCUCAACAACUUCUCUAGAACUUCAAGUCGCAAAAGGCAGGCUAAGGCACUUGAGAAUUGAAGUGACUUAGUCAGGGUCACAUAUACCCAACCAGUAUGUGUCACCCCAGGGUUUCUGUCCCCUACAUCAUGCUUUUUCUAACUUUUAAUGGAUUUAGGUUUAAAUUGUCUUUUAUUUUUUAUUUUUACUUAGCUAUUGUAACCUUCCCUGAUGAUCAACUGAUACUCUGGGAUAUGAAGAUUAGGUUCAAGAAAAUCACCAGAGUAGAGGUAUGAAGAUGGAGACAUUCUGGGAGGCUAGUAGUGAGAAACAUUCUGUCAGAAUAUUUGGUAAAAUUUCCAUUAGCCUUGAAAGAUGUCCAGGUAAGAUUAGAAAUUGAAUAGUGCAACAUGGAGAAAUGGAAAAGGAAACUGAGGCUCAAAAAAGUGACUUAAGGGGGCAGCUAGAUGGCGCAGUGGAUAAAGCACCGGCCCUGGAUUCAGGAAUACCUGAGUUCAAAUCCGGCCUCACACACUUAACACUUACUAGCUGUGUGACCCUGGGCAAGUCACUUAACCCCAAUCGCCUCACAAAAAAAAAAAAAAGAUGAAAAGUGACUUAAGUCAGUAGACUAAUGUUAGAAAUGUCAUUUGAAACUGGGUCUCUCGACUCCAAGUCUUGGCCUGUUUUCACUAUACCAGUCUUUCUCCAAGUAUGAUCUAGGGACUCCUGGGUAUCUGAGACUCUUCCAGGAGGUCAGAGGGCCAAGUCAAAACUUUUCAUAGUAAUAGACAUUUGAAUUUCUAGUACAGCAAGCACUGAUAUAAUCCAUGGAAACAAAAGCUCUUUGGGGUCCACAAUAAUUUUUAGGAGUAAGAGGGAGUCCUAAAUCCCAAGUCAGAGAACCACUGUAUUAUACCAUGGUGUCUCUCAUCAUUGUAGAACCCUAGAUAAGAGAGGGCACAGUGAUGCUGGGACAUAAUACUAGUAGUUGACAUGGAUAUGGUGCCUUUAAGUUUGUAAAAUGUUGGGAUGUAUAUGUAUAAAUAGAUGUGCACAUACGUACAGACAUACAUCUCAUCCCAUCAUCCCAUUUGUGCCUUACAACAACCAGAUGAGGCAGUCGAAUGGGAAAAUGGCAUGUGAACAUAUUUCAAAGGAGUCAAAUCUGUACAAUUUUCAGGAUCUGGACCCAUCAAGUGAAAACAGAAAAAUCUCGAGGGGAAUAGCAAUGAUUAAAAAGAAAAAGGUGCUGCUUAUUUGGAAUUCUUUAAAAAAUUAAAGGGGAGAACAAACAUAUUCAAGCAUGUAGGGAUGUUGUAUGGAUGGUUAUGGGUCUUCUGUAUUCACUGACAGGCAGAGAAUGUACAAAUAAUCUCUGGGCUGUAGAGUUUGGACUCAUUGCCAAAGAAAGUUUUGAAUUCUUCAUUGGAGAUUAUUAAUGAAAAAUGUGGAUGUUCUUAUCACUGGGGAAACAUCUCUAGUGCAUCAAUUAGGUACAGACUUACCCAGAGAGAGGGCAAUAUAUUAGAUGAUCUCUUGAGGUUUCAUCAAGACCUAUGAUUCUAUGAAUCAUAUAUCGAUUUAACGUAUGAAAGGUUGGUUUUCCCAGUUAACAUCCAUCCAAAAAGGGGAAAAUGCUUUUUAAAAAAAAUCUUUGUAACUUUUCAGCACACCCCAAAAGGCAAUUCUAACUCACUUUUAAGGAAUACACUGCAAUGUAUCAGUAAAAGAACACCUUGUGAUCCCAAAUCAGGAAAAUCAUGUGAGAAGCAACCAUAUGAUCUCCCAUUUGUGGAAAUGGUGUCUCAAAACAGGCUGGACACAGGAAGAAACAACAAGGCAUUCGGUUUUCAAAUAGAGAUGGGAAAAUGGGCACCAAGCUUACAACAUGAAGUGAAGGUGUUUCCACUGAUUUCUUGGCAUGAAAAGCAAAGUGCACAACACAGAAUAGGACAGAUAAACUAUAUCAUGAAGGAAAUUAAUCAUGCCUCUUAAAAGCAUGCAUUUAACUUCUAGAGUGAAAACAAAACACAAAAAACACCCAAUGCUUACCUCCAAGUGUACUCUGUCCCCAUUCUAUGAGUAAAUAAAUUAAUUCUGAACAAACUCA